UCGGUUCGGUCGGUUGGUCCGCUUCCACCGGGAAAGGGAAAACGAAGAAAUAAAUAAACUAUAUAUACAUAUAUAUAUCGUCUGAAUCCCAUGCUUCGCGUGCGUAGAGUUGCCUAUUGUACAUCCGUCUAGAACUUACUAGAAGAAGUCACCGGUUUCGAUUCUGGGGCUGGGGAGCUGUGUAUCUUCUGAAACCCUAGAUGAGCUAAAUUCUGAAGCAUUGUACUAAAAGAAAGAAAAAAAGAAAGAAAUGGUGGCAACAAAUCUCAAAGCAGAGACAAUGAAGCUGAUGGAGCAGAGGAGCGGGAUUGAGGCUGAAAUGAACGUCAUCAUCGAAAAUCUCUGCCGUCCCGGUGGCCCCGGUCUGUCCGGCAACCUCCUUGAUUCCGAGGGAUUUCCAAGGGCUGAUAUCGAUAUUCCUGCUGUGAGAGCUGAACGUCAUAGGCUUGCAGAGCUACGCAAUGAUCAUAAAGAUAUCACAGAGAAAAUAAACCAAAAUAUUCAAGUUCUGCAUUCAGCAAGGCUUACUUCUACGACAACUGAAGAUACAGGUGAUGCAGGGAUGAUUGAUUUAAAUCCUUCUGUAAAUUCUGCCACAAGGGAUGCAUCAAGGGCCAUGGAUGUUGAUGUAGUUGUAAGCAAGCCCUUUGCAGUGGUUGAUGAAAUAACUGAAGGUUCUCCAGCCGCAGAAGACGGUGUACAACUUGGGGAUCAACUUGUGAAAUUUGGAUGUGUGGAAUUUGGUGAAAACCUGUUGCAAAGGCUUGCUGCUGAAGCGCAGACAAAUCAGGGGCGUGCAAUACCUGUGGUGGUUCUCAGGCAGGGUGCUCGGGUUAGUUUAGCAGUUACACCAAGACCAUGGCAGGGACGUGGCUUAUUGGGGUGGCAUAUACAGAUAAUAUAAUUGAUUACGCUGUCGCCUACAGGCUCCACUUGGUAAACUUGAGGCCAUGGAAGUGAAAGGCGUGAAACUUUGACCAUAUAAGAAGGAAAUACUUCUGUCGUGUUCAAACUUCAAAAGUUAAUCUGUCAACAAAAAAUUAUAGCCAUGAUGUUGCUGUACUCAUUAGAUUUAAAGUUACUGUAAACAUAGAUUGCUCAUAGCAGGAUGCGUGGAUUUUUAUUAAAAAAUCUAUAACCUUUUUGGGCAGGCAAA